AUGGAGCUGCACAAUGCCAUCAUUAACCAAGACAGCCAGAAAGUGCAAUGUCUUCUCAACCGCGGCACUCCUGUGGAUACCAAAGACACUGCUGAGAAUGAGCCUCUUCACAAUGCCGUUGGGAAAGGGUCUGAAGUCAUCGUCAAUCAUUUGAUUAGAUUUGGCGCGAAUGUGAAUGCUAGGGGGCACCUUGGACAGUGUCCUCUACACGCGGCUGUGUCAAACAGUGCCAAUCUGGCCAUUUUGUUAGAGGCUGGGGCAAAGCCAUUUUUGCAUGAUCAACACGGAAACACACCUCUUCAUUCAGCAUUACUCCCGGCCAUUACGAACUCAGAACCCGCCUCGAUCGCUUCUUCUAUCGAAGUACUGAUGCGCUCAGCCUGCGAUUUCAAUAUCCCUAACCACAACGGGGCAACGGCUUUCCACUUGCUCGUUGAACAUCAGCACGCACAUACCUCACAAUUUUCAUCAUGUUUGGAACACUUUCUUUCCCACGGAGCUGACAUCGCACGAGAACUGCCCAAUGGAAAAACACCGUUGCAGGCUUACCUGGCCAAUAUCGGGAGACUCCGAGGAAGAGCAUCGUUCUUGCAUGAAGAACAACAUGCCAGCGAGAUCCAACUGUUUAUAGAGAAAGGAGCAAAUCCGGAAACAGUUCUCCCCUGCGGUACGCCUCUUGUUCCCGGAUACUUCCAAUUUUUGCCAGGCCGCCACUCCAAUGCGACCUUCGCUCUAUCGGAAGCCCUUUGUAGGGUUGCGAGGCUUUCGCUCAUACCAGGAAGCGUCACCACAGCCGGCAACUCUAUGUUACAUGAGCUGUUGGAGCACCCAAUACUGUCGAAGCGAUCUCCGGUUCGAAACUGUGUACAGAUUUUGCUCCAGCGAGGGGCUGAUCCGAAUGAGCUGAACUCUAAGGGCGCAACUCCAUUGCAGUUGCUGGUUUCCAACACUGAAAGCCAUUCUUCUGCAAUCUUGGGGACUGUGGCAUGCAUGUUGCAUCAUCAUGCAAAUCCUUGGUUACAAGACUCGUCAGGGAAUAGCGCAAUCUUUAUAGCUGCGAUUUCCAAGAAGACCGGCAAGCUUCUUCCGCUGUUACUGCAAUCAGACUUGGAAUUCCUCGAAGCAAGUAGUGAAUCAUGCGAAGACGAAGCCGAUUCUCAGUGGCGUGACCGUUGGCCUAUGUGGGAACAAGCGGCGUUGGUAGCGAGCUGGGAUGAAGCUCUGGGCACAAUUGAAGGUUCCGUUGGUUCUUUGAAGGAGCCAUGCGCUGGAGCCUUGACCAGGGCCAUUCUGAGAACUUUGGCUGAAAAGCAUUUGAGAAAGGCAGACCAAAUGUUUAAAGGCGAACUUGAGGAGAGAUCAAAAAGACGUAGAUAUCUCGCAUGUAUUCUCGGCGAUUGUUGGGAUAGGAAGAUUGACGUCGAUGUUCAGUAUUUCCAUGAAUUGAUCCUACACAGUCGCUGA